AUGCCGCCAGUGGUAAUGGAAGCAAACGGCCUUUCUCCGAACAUUGAGAGAUGGUUGCAGAAGCUGGAAGGUCUCACCGUGACGCCAUUGACUCGCGACUAUCCUGAACCUUCCUCGGAUGAAGCAGCGCGGUUGAAAAGGCCUAUUGAAGCUGUUGAGAGUCUUACUGCUACUGCGUCUUUAACCUAUGCUCUGCGCAACUUGCAUGCUUUGGGAACGCCAUUCGAGUUGCUUUUGACCGCAUACGUGAUACUAAUCAGCCGCCUUACCGGUGACGAAGACAUCGCAGUCGGGACAAAUAUCGAGCCAGACGGGCAGCCUUUUGUUCUCCGUGUACCAGUAUCCCCGGAGGAGACUUUCAUACACCUUUCAUCAAAGAUCAAGGAAACGUUGCAGCAAGAUUCUGCCUCCAUCGAACCUUUAGACAAAAUUCGGAACUACCUCAAAGUCCCAGUGCUUUAUAGGUUUGCUGCAUUCUUGAAUUCUCGUUUUUUGUCUCUCUCUAUUGACAAGACAACACCGGUAGACUUGGUUCUCAAUGUAAACCUGUCGUCAGAUGGUGCUUUAGGGUUGCAAGCUCAGUAUAAUCAGCGAUUGUUCUCCAGUACUAGAAUUGCUACUAUCCUUUCCCAGUUGUUUCAACUUCUGGAAAAUGCCUCCUCCAAACCCAACCAUGGGAUCGGCAAAAUUGAAUUCCUGACCCAUGAGCAAAGAGCUCUCCUCCCAGAUCCGACGUGCGAUCUGGGAUGGUCUUCUUUCCGUGGUGCAAUACACGAUAUCUUCUCUGCGAAUGCUGAGACACACCCAGAUAGACUAUGUGUUAUAGAAACCAGGUCUGGUGCAUCGCCUGAACGGAGUUUCACCUACAAGCACAUUCAUGAAGCCUCGAAUAUUCUUGCACACCACCUUGUUCAAUCCGGCAUAAGGCGCGGAGAAGUUGUGAUGGUGUACUCACAUCGUGGAGUUGACCUAGUAGUGGCGGUAAUGGGCAUUCUCAAGGCGGGAGCAACGUUCUCUGUCCUGGAUCCUGCCUAUCCACCAGACAGACAAAACAUAUAUCUCGAAGUCUCACAGCCCAAAGCGCUGAUCAUCAUAGAAAAGGCUACUAAGGAAGCUGGCCAGCUCUCAGAAAAGGUUAGAUCUUUUGUUGAUGCAAAUCUCGUUCUAAGGACAGAGGUUGCAGCCUUGGCACUACAAGAUGGUGGAACACUGCUAGGAGGAGCUCGAGACGGUAUAGAUGUUUUUGAAGGAGUUUUGCAGCUCAAAACCAGAAGCCCUGGUGUGGUUGUAGGGCCCGAUUCUACUCCGACCUUGUCCUUUACAUCAGGUUCAGAAGGUAAACCCAAGGGUGUCCGUGGACGGCAUUUCUCGUUAGCAUAUUACUUUGACUGGAUGGCAGAGACGUUCAAUCUUUCCAGUGAUGAUCGCUUCACAAUGCUUAGUGGCAUUGCUCAUGAUCCAAUACAAAGAGAUAUGUUUACUCCACUUUUCCUCGGCGCACAGCUUCUUGUGCCAUCAAAAGAGGACAUACAGAAUGAGCGCCUGGCUGAAUGGAUGAAGGCCCAUGGAGCGACGGUCACUCACCUCACCCCAGCUAUGGGCCAGAUCUUAGUUGGAGGGGCCACUGCGCAAUUUGACAAACUGCACCAUGCUUUCUUCGUUGGUGAUAUCUUGAUCAAACGUGACUGUCGCUCGUUGCAGAGCCUUGCGCCCAACGUCUCCAUUGUCAACAUGUACGGUACAACCGAGACUCAACGUGCUGUCAGCUAUUUUGAGAUUCCAAGUUUCGUGUCGCGUGAAGGAUAUCUAGAUGGAAUGAAGGACGUGAUACCUGCGGGAAAGGGCAUGUACAAUGUCCAACUGCUUGUGGUCAAUCGACAUGAUCGUACCAAGAUCUGCGCUGUGGGCGAAGUUGGAGAAAUAUAUGUUCGAGCAGGUGGACUUGCUGAAGGUUAUUUAGGCACACCUGACUUAACGGAGAAGAAGUUCGUCCAGAAUUGGUUUGUGAAUCCUGAGAAGUGGGUAGAGGAGGACCUCGCCAUUGUUGCAUCGUCUACAAAAUUAGAACCAUGGCGGGAGUUCUAUUUUGGACCACGAGAUAGACUUUACCGAAGCGGAGAUCUUGGUCGAUAUACACCCACUGGCGACGUGGAGUGUUCUGGGCGAGCGGACGACCAGGUCAAAAUCAGAGGCUUCCGUAUUGAGCUCGGCGAAAUAGAUACACAUCUUUCUCAGCAUCCUCUUAUUAGGGAGAACGUCACAUUGGUGCGAAGGGACAAAUUCGAGGAGCAAACCCUGGUCAGUUAUGUGGUGCCAAACAUGAAAGAAUGGCAUAGAUGGCUGGCAUCCCAAGGUCGCAAAGACGAAGCCGAUGACGGGUCCAUGGGUGACAGGAUCAGACGUUUUCAACCCUUGCAGAAGGAAAUCCAAAAGUAUCUGCGAGGUAAACUACCCGUCUAUGCCGUCCCGUCGGUCAUUGUGCCAAUGCGGUCUAUGCCAUUGAACCCCAACGGCAAGAUUGACAAGCCAAAACUUCCAUUUCCUGAUAGUCCCGCUCUUACUGCCGGACGACGUCGAAGAUCUUCGGCGUUGACACAAUUGUCGGAGACCGAGCUCACUCUUGCACAAGUCUGGGCAAAGUUGAUUCCGGGACUUAUUGUGAAGACGUUGAAAGCUGAGGAUUCGUUCUUCGAACUUGGAGGCACCAGUAUGCACGCCCAACAGUUACCCUUCUUCGUGCGACGCCAAUGGCGUGGCGUAGAUAUCAGCAUUGCCAGGAUCUAUAGUGACCCCAAGUUGAAGAGCAUGGCGGCCGUCAUCGAUCAAGCAGCAAGUGGCGAGCCUUUUGAAGAGGUCAAACAUGUCGCAGAUCCAUGCGACGGAACUGACGUCUCUCAGAUAGUCUAUGCUGAAGACGCCGCCCUCCUGGCUCAAGCACUGCCUAGCAACUUUCCCAUUGUAACAGCAUUUGAUAGUGACGAAUCACCGGUUGUCUUUUUGACUGGAGCCACAGGCUUUCUUGGUGCAUAUAUUCUACGAGAUCUUCUUACCAGGCAAAACCCUGCAGUGAGGGUCAUUGCACUGGUACGAGCAAAAACGCUGGAGAAGGCGAAGCAGCGGAUCAAAAUAACAUGCCAGGCUUAUGGCGUUUGGUCGGACGAGUGGAGUCCUCGGCUGGAAUGUGUUGCUGGCAGCCUAGGUGACAGCAAGUUCGGCUUAGCUCCUGAUGUGUGGGAGACUCUGACAGAAAGGAUCGACGUUGUGAUCCACAAUGGUGCCCGAGUACACUGGAUCGAUUCAUACGCUUCUCUGAAACCUUCAAAUGUCCGUGGCACUAUUGACGCUUUAGAGCUCUGUGCAGCAGGGAAAGGGAAAAAGUUUGCAUUUGUCAGCUCAACAAGCGUCAUCGACACGGACUAUUACGUUCUUGAGUCUCAAAGGAUUCUCUCACAAGGGGGCGAAGGUGUAAGUGAAGCAGACGAUCUCUCUGGCAGCCGAACUGGCCUUGGCACCGGCUAUGGCCAGAGCAAGUGGGUGGCCGAGUAUCUUGUCAGAGAAGCAGGCAGGAGAGGUUUGCAAGGGUGUAUUGUGCGGCCAGGAUAUGUGACUGGAGAUUCCAGGUCCGGAGUGACGAAUACGGACGAUUUUCUUAUUCGCAUGAUGAAAGGUUGCAUCCAACUGGCGAGUCGUCCUAACAUCAACAACACCGUAAACAUGGUCCCCGUCGAUCAUGUUGCACGAGUUGUGGUGGCUUGUGCUUUCAGACCUCCAACGACACCACUUGGAGUCGCUCAUGUAACAGGUCAUCCUCGUCUGCGCUUUAAUCAAUUUCUCGCGGCACUUGAAACAUACGGAUAUGAGGUGCCACUUUCAGAUUAUAUCCCAUGGACUGGAGCUCUUGAGAACUAUGUCAACAGCGUGGCCUCAAGCUCAGAUGAGCAGCUGGCCCUGAUGCCGCUAUUCACAUUUGUCGCCAACGACCUACCGUCCAACACCCGGGCGCCUGAGCUUGAUGACACGAACGCGGAAAAAGCUCUGUAUGCGGACCAAGAGUGGACCGGGGAGGAUGUUUCUGGAGGAAGUGGUGUGAGCAAAAACACCAUCGGCAUCUAUCUUGCCUACCUGGUCGGUAUUGGCUUCCUACCUUCGCCAACGAAGACGCCCCUGAAAGCAUUACCGAGGAACAAUAUUACAUCCGUACAGAAGGAGGCUCUGUCAAGCGUUGGCGGUCGAGGAUCAGCGAUAUGA